GGCUUAAAAUACAAAAAGUGUUUUGUUAUUAUUGUAACUAAAUCCAGUGAAUAUAGUGACGUCACAGUACAGUGUGGAAAUACUUAAUAUACUCGAGUAAAUGUACUCGGUUACUCUAAACUCAGAUAAAUCAUAGAUUCACUGUUCAGAUGAUUAUUUCAUGAACUUUGAAUCCGGUGUCUCUGAUCUCCGGCGGCUCCGCAGGCCGUGAACGCGUCGCAUUAAUACUACACUACCCACAAGCCCCCCCGCGUCGAGCCAUGUUGUAGGAAAUCCGCUUGCGGCGGAUUAUUGUAAUCCGACAGAGUCUGGACGACACCUCGGAUCACGACAGAGCGCCGCGGAGCCCAGCAGGCCGGUGACAGAGGCAGCUCGGCCGCAGACAGAAGCUCCAAGCUGCGGUAUGAUCUGACGCACUGCGCGCUGCUCCUGAACGCACCAUCGACGGAGCCCGGGCCGCUUCCUGGACCAGCUCGAUCCGUCUGACGAGGCGCUGACAGCGGACUCCCCGCACCGCAGCGCACCGCAGAGAGGAAGAGGACACGGGGAAAGCGUUUUAUCCGUCAGUUAAGGAGCUCCCCCCCCUCUCCUCCUCCCCUCCGGCCCCUCCGGUCCCUCCGGGCAGGUGCAGCAGUCCAGCCCGGCUCGGUCGCUCCGUCCGCGGGAGGAAAGCGCUGCCGCCGCCGCUAGCUCGGCUAGCUCACUCAAGCUAGCUAAGCUAGCUAGGAAGUUUAGUUUAAAAACCCGCGAAACCGUCCGAACCGGAGCCCGCGCGGAGGGAGGAUGUCCGCCAAAGACCAGAACAAAAUGUCCACGGUGGAACGGCCGGUCAAAGCGGUGCCAUAUCCUCCCGGUACACGCCUGUCGGUCAAAGACCUGUAUGUGGACGGGAGGCCCAGCGUGGAGGUGCUGAAGGCCCACCUGGUGAAGGAGGGCCGGCUGGAGGAGGAGACGGCUCUGCGGAUCAUCAACGAGGGAGCCGCCAUCCUCCGCCAGGAGAAGUGCAUGCUGGAGGUGGAGGCGCCCAUCACAGUGUGCGGAGACGUCCAUGGACAGUUCUUUGACCUGAUGAAGCUGUUCGAGGUGGGCGGAUCUCCCAGCAGCACCCGUUACCUGUUCCUCGGAGACUACGUGGACCGAGGGUACUUCAGCAUCGAGUGUGUCCUGUACCUGUGGGCUCUGAAGAUCAACCAUCCCAACACCCUCUUCCUCCUCAGAGGUAACCACGAGUGCCGACACCUCACAGAGUACUUCACCUUCAAACAGGAGUGUAAAAUAAAGUACUCUGAGCGUGUAUACGAUGCCUGUAUGGACGCCUUUGACUGCCUGCCUCUGGCUGCUCUCCUCAACCAGCAGUUCCUGUGUGUGCACGGAGGGCUGAGCCCUGAAGUCACCUGUCUGGACGACAUACGGAAGCUGGACCGGUUUAAGGAACCUCCGGCGUUUGGGCCGAUGUGCGACCUGCUGUGGUCCGACCCGGGGGAGGACUACGGCUCGGAGAAGACCCAGGAACACUUCUGCCACAACAGCGUCAGAGGCUGCUCUUAUUUCUACAGUUACCCCGCAGUCUGUGACUUCCUGAUGAACAAUAACCUGUUGUCUGUAAUACGAGCACAUGAAGCCCAGGACGCAGGGUAUCGAAUGUACAGGAAAAGUCAGACGACAGGCUUCCCGUCUUUAAUCACGAUCUUCUCGGCUCCAAACUACCUGGACGUGUACAAUAACAAAGCUGCCGUGCUGAAAUAUGAGAAUAACGUGAUGAACAUCCGGCAGUUUAACUGCUCCCCUCACCCGUACUGGCUGCCCAACUUCAUGGACGUGUUCACCUGGUCUCUGCCCUUCGUCGGAGAGAAAGUGACGGAGAUGCUCGUUAACGUGUUGAACAUCUGCUCCGACGACGAGCUGAUGUCAGAAGGAGACGACACGUGUGAGGGUGGAGCUCCGGCCGUCAGGAAGGAGGUGAUAAGAAAUAAGAUCCGGGCGAUUGGAAAGAUGGCACGCGUCUUCUCUGUGCUCAGAGAGGAGAACGAGAGCGUGCUGCAGCUGAAGGGUUUGACCCCGACAGGAACGCUGCCGCUGGGCGUUCUGUCCGGAGGGCGGCGGACUCUGCAGAGCGCCACCGUAGAGGCAGAAGAGGCACGAGGCUUCAACCCGCAGCACAAGAUCCAGAGCUUCGAGGAGGCUCGAGGUCUGGACCGCAUCAACGAGAGGAUGCCGCCACGCCGCGACAGCAAGCCGCAGGACGCCGGCCCGUCCCUCAACAACCUGCCGGCCAGCACCGGGCCGCCGGACAAGAACGGCACCAACGCACAGGCCUAAGCCCUCCAUCUGCCCCCUCUGCCCUUCUUCUUCCUAUCCUCCACCUCUCCUUCCUUCCUUCCUUCCUUCCUUCCUUCCUUCCUUCCUUCUCUUCCCCUCUUCUCUCCUUUACGAGCAGAAGAGUUCAGUUCAGUCCAAGCGACUCUCACCACGCUUAAUUUAUUGUAUCAUCUAUUAAAAAUCAUAGUUUAAGACUGAACAGGAUAAAAUCUCAACGUCCCGACGCGGACGCACCGCCGCCCGGCGGCAUCCAUUUUAUAACCAGGAGGGCGGGACGGGGCGGGGCUUGUUUGGGACGACACCUUUCUAUCAGCGCUUAGUUUGGCGUCGAUGUGACGCUCAUUGAAACGCUGUCCACACACACACACACACACACACACACACACACACACACAGCAUAAAUCCAUCCUUUCUUAUGCCAAUGAUAGUGUGACUGAGCUCCGAGGAGCGAGUAUUGACAUUUAUAUUAUAUAUGUAUAUUUUCAUUGUUCCCUCUUUUCAAUGUGAUGUUUUUUUUUUUUGUUUUUUUUUUUACAACACAUCGUUAGAUCAGGUGAGGCGGAGUCAGCUGACAGGACGUUUUAUUCUGAGCGUUUAGGCGGGAAACGAAGUUUGACGACAAAAUCUGAAGCAGAGCGAAGACUUGGACGCCGAACGUCUCCGGUUUUGUCAUUUCUAUCAGUGUGAACGUCGCCGUGGCUCUGUCUGUCCAUCCUAAACUGUGUGAAUCACAAAGAGUUGAAGCUGAGCAGUCGGAGGUCCAAGUUUAAAAACCUCGGCCCGGCUCGGCCCAGCUCGGCUCGGCCCAGCUCGGCUCGGCCCGGCGCUGCAGGUUUAGAUGAUCUGACGCGUUUUUUCUUUUUCUUCAUGUUCUCUGAUAAAAAUGACAAAACUCCAAAAAUACGAGCCACGUUUUGAUAAACCGUAAAACAUCUUUAAAAAAAAAAAAAGAGCCGCAGGAAGGAGGUGAGGUGAGGUGAGGGGUGUUCAGGUGUGAUUAACUGCUUUUGUUCUUGGUUUUGGGAGGUGGGUGGGUAACGCAUGUCGGAGCGAGGCCUCGUGUCUGACUUCUGUUCUUGAACAUAUCUCACAGAACGAACAGAAACUAAAAAUCAAAUCAUGUUUUUUUUUUUUCUUUACAGCUGAAAUUUGAAAAAAUCUUUUUUUGUUUUUUGUCGAUGUACUGCGAGGCCUCUCAUUUCUGUAGAUGUUUCACUCCAUUCAAAUAAAAAACAGAAAAGUA